AUGGCGAGAAAGAAGCUGAAGGGCUUCACCACGCUGGAGCUCAUGCUCAGUGCUCUCCUGCUCAUAGUGUUCAUCAUCACUGUUCCCCUCUUCGUGCUUUCUGCCAGAGAGUGUUUGGGGUCCAAAGGUGCUGGGACCACGAGUCCCGCUCCCACGAACUCCACUCCUGUGAGUCCCACUCCCAGCCCUGCCCAGUGCCCGGAGGUAAAUGAAUUGGAGCGGAUAAACUGCAUCCCUGACCAGUUGCCCACAAAGGCCACGUGUGAGCAGCGCGGCUGCUGCUGGAAGCCUCAGGGAGCCAUAAGCCUGCCCUGGUGCUACUACUCUAACGGCCACGGCUACCAGCUGGGCGGCAGCCUGGAGAACACAGACGCAGGAUUCAGAGCCCAGCUGAAAAGGUUGCCUUCUCCGUCCUUGUUUGGAAACGAUGUCAACAAUGUCCUGCUCACAGCGGAAUAUCAGACAUCUAAUCGUUUCCACUUUAAGUUAACUGACCAAGACAAUGACCGGUACGAAGUGCCCCACGAACAUGUCCAAGCCUUUAAGGGAAGUGCUGCUUCUCCCCUGGCUUACGAAGUUGAGGUCUCCGAACAGCCAUUUGGCAUCAAAGUGAUCAGAAAAAGCAACAAUCGUGUUCUGUUUGACUCCAGCAUCGGGCCCCUGCUGUUUGCUGACCAGUUCCUGCAGCUCUCCAUCCGACUGCCGAGCGCCAACGUGUACGGCCUGGGAGAACACGUGCACCGGCAGUACCGCCACGAUAUGAAUUGGAAGACCUGGCCCAUCUUCGCCAGGGACACCACCCCCAAUGGGGAUGGGACUAACUUGUAUGGUGCACAGACAUUCUUCCUCUGCCUUGAAGAUGCUAGCGGAUUGUCCUUUGGAGUGUUUCUCAUGAACAGCAAUGCCAUGGAGGUUUCCCUCCAGCCCACACCAGCGAUCACCUACCGCACCAUCGGGGGCAUCCUGGACUUUUAUGUGUUCCUGGGAGACACCCCAGAGCAAGUGGUUCAGGAGUACCUGGAGCUCAUUGGACGGCCAGCCCUACCUGCCUACUGGACACUUGGAUUUCAUCUCAGUCGCUAUGGCUACGGCACCCUGGAUAACAUGAAGGAAGUCGUGGAGAGAAACCGGGCGGCACAGCUCCCUUAUGACGUUCAGCAUGCUGAUAUUGAUUAUAUGGAUGGGAGGAAGGACUUUACUUAUAACUCAGUGAAUUUUAAAGGCUUCUCUGAGUAUGCUAAGGAGCUGCACAACAACGGACAGAAACUGGUCAUCAUUGUGGAUCCAGCUAUCUCCAACAACUCUUCCUUCAGCAAUCCCUAUGGCCCAUACGACAGGGGCUCAGACAUGAAGAUAUGGGUCAAUGCUUCAGAUGGAGCGACUCCACUCAUCGGGGAGGUCUGGCCUGGAAAGACUGUGUUUCCUGAUUACACCAACCCCAAGUGUGCUGCUUGGUGGGCAAAGGAGUUUGAUCUUUUCCAUAAUAUACUGGAGUUUGAUGGAAUCUGGAUUGAUAUGAAUGAGGUCUCCAACUUCGUUGAUGGUUCAGUUUCAGGAUGUUCAACAAGCAACCUAAAUUAUCCCCCAUUCACUCCCAGAGUCCUGGACGGGUACCUCUUCUGCAAGAGCCUCUGCAUGGAUGCGGUGCAGCACUGGGGCAAGCACUACGAUGUCCACAAUCUGUAUGGCUACUCCAUGGCCAUUGCCACAGCAGAAGCAGUCAAGACAGUGUUCCCUGAUAAGAGAAGCUUCAUUCUAACCCGUUCCACCUUUGCGGGAUCUGGCAAGUUUGCAGCCCAUUGGCUGGGAGACAACGCGGCCACCUGGAAUGACCUUCGAUGGUCCAUCCCUGGCAUGCUCGAGUUCAACCUUUUUGGUAUCCCAAUGGUGGGUGCUGACAUAUGUGGCUUUGCGCUGGACGCCCCCGAGGAGCUCUGCAGGCGGUGGGUGCAGCUGGGAGCAUUCUACCCAUUUUCCAGGAAUCACAACGGCCAAGGCUUCAAGGCCCAGGAUCCUGCUUCCUUCGGCGCUGACUCUCUGCUGCUGAACUCCUCCAGGCACUACCUCAGCAUCCGCUAUACCCUACUGCCCUACCUCUACACCCUCUUCUAUCGCGCGCACAGCCGGGGGGACACGGUGGCCAGGCCCCUUCUGCAUGAGUUCUAUGGAGACAACAGCACUUGGGAUGUGCACCAGCAGUUUCUGUGGGGGCCUGGCCUCCUCAUCACUCCAGUUCUGGACGAGGGAGCAGAGAAAGUGGUGGCCUAUAUGCCUGAUGCCGUCUGGUAUGAUUAUGAGACUGGCGCCCGAGUGAGAUGGAGGAAGCAGAAAGUGGAAAUGGAACUUCCUGGAGACAAAAUUGGACUUCACCUUAGAGGAGGCUACAUCUUCCCCACCCAACAGCCAGCCACAACCACUGUGGCCAGUCGACGGAACCCUCUUGGUCUCAUCAUCGCCCUAGACGACAACAAAGAAGCUAAAGGCGAACUCUUCUGGGAUGAUGGGGAGACGAAAGAUACUGUGGCCAAUAAAGUUUACCUCUUAUGUGAGUUUUCCGUCACCCAAAACCACUUGGAUGUGAAGAUUUUGCAGACAACCUACAAAGACCCCAAUAAUUUAGCAUUUAAAGAGAUUAAAAUCCUUGGGACCCAGGAACCUACCAACAUUAGAGUGAAGCACAAUGGUGUCCCAAGUCAGGUUUCUCCUAAUGUCACUUACGAUUCUAACCUACAGGUUGCCCUUAUCACAGGCCUGGAUCUUGCCCUGGGAGAAGCAUACACUGUGGAAUGGGACCUGAAGAUCCAGGAGGCAGAAAAAAUAGACUGUUAUCCUGAUGAGAAUGGUGCUUCCCAAGAAAACUGUGUUGCCCGUGGCUGUGCCUGGGAGGCGUCCACUUCUCCUGGAGUCCCUUUUUGCUAUUUCACCAAUGAGCUCUACUCUGUCGGUGAUGUUCAGUAUGACUCACACGGAGCCACAGCUGUCAUCUCCUUAAAGUCUUCUCUUUACGCCAACGCUUUGCCGUCAACCCCCGUGAACUCCCUCCGUCUGAGUGUGACCUACCACAAGGAUGAAAUGCUGCAGUUUAAGAUUUAUGAUCCCAACAAUAAACGCUAUGAAGUUCCGGUCCCUCUCAAUAUACCCACAGCUCCAUCCAGCACCCCUGAGAGUCGACUCUAUGAAGUCCUCAUAAAGAAGAAUCCAUUUGGGAUUGAAAUUCGCCGGAAGAGUACAGGCACCGUAAUUUGGGACUCUCAGCUCCUCGGCUUCACCUUCAAUGACAUGUUCAUCCGCAUCUCCACUCGCCUUCCUUCCCAAUAUAUCUAUGGCUUUGGAGAAAACGAGCACACAGCCUAUCGGAGAGACUUGAACUGGCACACGUGGGGGAUGUUCUCCCGAGACCAGCCCCCAGGGUACAAGAAGAACUCCUACAGCGUCCACCCCUACUACCUGGGGCUGGAGGAGGACGGCAACGCCCACGGGGUGCUUCUGCUCAACAGCAACGCCAUGGAUGUGACAUUCCAGCCCCUGCCCGCCCUGACAUACCGCACCACAGGAGGGGUUCUGGACUUCUAUGUGUUCCUGGGGCCGACUCCCGAGCUUGUCACUCAGCAGUACACUGAGGUUAUUGGUCGGCCAGUGAUGGUUCCUUAUUGGUCCUUGGGGUUUCAGCUGUGCCGCUACGGAUACCAGAAUGACGCUGAGAUCGCCAGCUUGUAUGAUGAGAUGGUGGCUGCCCAGGUCCCCUACGACGUGCAGUACUCGGACAUCGACUACAUGGAGCGGCAGCUGGACUUCACCCUCAACCCCAAGUUCGCUGGAUUCCCAGCUCUGAUCAAUCGCAUGAAGGCCGACGGGAUGCGCGUCAUCCUCAUCCUGGACCCAGCCAUUUCCGGGAACGAGACACAGCCCUACCCUGCGUUCACACGGGGCGUGGAGGACGACGUCUUCAUCAAGGCUCCCAACGGUGGAGACAUCCUCUGGGGAAAGGUCUGGCCUGAUUUUCCUAACAUCGUUAUAAAUAGCUCUCUGGACUGGGACAGUCAAGUGGAGCAAUACCGAGCUUUUGUGGCCUUCCCAGACUUUUUCCGUAAUUCAACUGCCACCUGGUGGAAGAGGGAGAUUAAAGAACUUUACACCAACCCACGGAAUCCCGAGAAGAGUUUGAAGUUCGAUGGCAUGUGGAUUGAUAUGAACGAACCAGCAAGCUUUGUGAAUGGUGCGGUGCCUCCAGGCUGCAAGGACGCCGCUCUGAACCAUCCUCCCUACAUGCCACAUCUGGAGUCCAGGGACAGGGGCCUGAGCAGCAAGACCCUGUGCAUGGAGGGCGAGCAGAUCCUGCCCGACGGCUCCCGGGUGCGGCACUAUGACGUGCACAGCCUCUACGGGUGGUCCCAGACCAGGCCCACAUACGAAGCUGUGCGGGAGGUGACAGGACAGCGAGGGAUCGUCAUCACCCGCUCCACGUUCCCCUCGUCUGGCCGCUGGGCAGGACACUGGCUGGGGGACAACACGGCCGCGUGGGACCAGCUCAAGAAAUCUAUCAUCGGCAUGAUGGAGUUCAGCCUCUUUGGCUUAUCCUACACAGGAGCAGAUAUUUGUGGAUUCUUUAAUGACGCGGAAUAUGAGAUGUGUGCUCGCUGGAUGCAGCUGGGGGCUUUUUACCCCUUUUCCAGGAACCACAACACCAUCGGGACGAGGAGGCAAGACCCUGUGUCCUGGGACGACACAUUUGUGAACAUCUCCAAGAGUGUCCUGCAGACCAGAUAUGCCCUCCUGCCGUAUCUCUACACCCUGAUGCACCUGGCCCACACGCAGGGCAGUACUGUUGUGCGGCCUCUUCUCCAUGAGUUUGUGUCUGACCGAGUGACCUGGGAUAUAGACAGUCAGUUCCUGCUGGGCCCAGCCUUCCUGGUCAGCCCUGUCCUGGAGCCUAAUGCCAGAAAUGUCACCGCAUACUUCCCUCGAGCCCGCUGGUAUGACUAUUACACGGGUGUGGAUAUUGGAGCAAGAGGGGAGAGGAAAGUUUUGCCAGCCCCUCUUGACCACAUUAAUCUCCACGUCCGGGGGGGCUACAUCCUGCCCUGGCAACAGCCUGCAAUGAACACCCACAUAAGCCGCCGGGAGUUCAUGGGCCUCAAGGUUGCCCUGGAUGAUAAGGGGGCGGCUGAAGGCUGGCUCUUCUGGGAUGACGGGGAGAGCAUUGAUACCUAUGAAAAAGGAGUCUAUUACCUGGCCCACUUUUCUGUCAGCCAGAAUAGGAUGGAGAGCCACAUCUAUUUCAACAAAUACAUCAGCAACACGAACCGUUUGAAGCUGGGCUACAUUGACAUCUGGGGGGUGGGCAGUGCCGCCGUGGAGAGCGUCCGAAUCUCUUUGAAAGGCAGGGUGAUAACGCCGAGCUUCACCUACGACUCUGCGACACAGGUGUUAAAGAUCGAUGUGACCACCAGAAGUAUCAGCAUACAUAAUUUCGUUUCAAUGACAUGGAAAAGCAGUCCAUGAAUUUUA